CCCCCGCCUCCCCCUGCCUCCCCCUGUCUCACCGCAGCGUGCUGCAGCCUGCGAGGCCCGAUCGUCAGUUUCAUCACACACGGAGCGAGCGCAGACGAGGACACAGCCAGAGCCCGACGGAGCCCAGCUUUGGGACAUUUGAACAGCUUCCUGGAAAGGAUAAUAAAGCCCGUGCACCAUGACCAACAAUGGCUCAGCGGUGGACACGCCGGUCAGCAACGGCUACGCCUCGAGCCUGGGCGCCCUCAUCAUGGCCCUGGUCUUCCUCCUGGGCGUUCCCGGCAACCUCUUCAUCGUGUGGAGCAUCCUGGCACGCACCCGGCAGCGCUCCGUCACCACCAUCCUCAUCCUGAACCUGGCGUGCGCCGACGGCUGCCUCAUGGCCCUCACCGUCUUCUUCAUCAUCUACCUGUCCAAGCAGACGUGGGUGUUCGGCCUGCCCAUGUGCAAGGCCCUGUUCUACCUGUGCAACGCCAACAUGUACGCCUCCAUCUUCCUCAUCACGCUGAUGAGCGCCAACAGGAUGGUGGCGGUGGUGUUCCCCGCCAAGGUCUUCUCCUGGGCCAGCAAGACGAUCGUGAAGCGGGAGAUCGCGGUCAUGUGGCUGUUGGUGAUGGUCAUUUCUCUUCCACCGCUGGUGUUUCGGGACACGAUAUUGGUCGAGGAUAAAGCGUUGAACAUGACAAAACUGGUGUGUGCGCCCAAUCACACGCUGCCUCGAUAUCUGAGGUUGCAGUACAGCAUGGAAACCGUGGUGGGGUUGAUUCUUCCUUACGCGGUCAUCAUCACCAGCUACGUCCUCAUCCUGAGGCGAAUGAGACAGAGCAAGUUCAGCCGGAAGGUCCGCAGCGAGAAGCUCAUCCUGGCCAUCGUGGUGAUGUUCGGCAUCUUCUGGCUGCCGUACCACGUGGUCAACAUGAUGCAGGUGGUGGCUCAAUGGUACGAAGAGGGUUCUUCCCAGAGAAAAGAACUGGACUAUUUGUCCCAGGCGUUCCGAGCCGUGACCUCAGCCUUUGCCUUCACCAGCAGCUGUGCCAAUCCCAUCCUCUACACCUUCGCUGCUAAAUCCUACAUCAAGAAGAACGGCUUAGCAUUUAUGGCUAAGCUCUUUGAGGCCACAUUGGAUCAAACAGUAAACAAAAAAAAUCGGCUUGCGGCUAAAGACAGUCCAUUCACAGCUGACUCUGUGAGCACAGGACCUCUCAGUGGACAAAAUGGGAGGGGCACAUGAGCUACAUGACCACAUGUGGAGUGUGGAGAGUAACAGUAUUAGUUGUUUAAACAACAGUCAGUUGAGUUGUUGAGUUCAGUAUUUUUUGUGAGGGUGAAUGCUUAACAGGCAUACAGUCAAAAACAAUGAAACUGUGUUGUUUUGUGUUGUGCAACCGAGCAAACUUGAAUUAGAAAAUUGACUACUACUUACUACGGAGGACAGAUCAUUCUGUUCUCUUUAAAAUCUCUGGAGCUGGAUGAAAACAGUUUUCAGUGUGCAAAUGCAAGAAAUUGUGGGUUUUGUCUUGUUUUAUUUAUUAUGUUGCACAUUUUAUAAAACGAUAUAUUUUGUUUCUUAAAUUGUAUAUUUUGUUUCUCAUUUUGUUUUUUCCAUUUUGAAUGCCCUUCUCUGCUUUUACUCUCGAUCUAAUAAUAAUAAUAAUUAUCUAUGUAUCUAUCUAUGUAUCUAUGUAUCUAUCUGUCUGUCCGUCUGUCUGUCCGUCCGUCCGUCCGUCCAUCCAUCCAUCCGUCCGUCUAUCCUAUCUAUCUAUCUAUCUAUCUAUCUAUCUAUCUAUCUAUCUAUCUAUCUAUCUAUCUAUCUAUCUAUCUAUCUAUCUAUCUAUCUAUCUAUCUAUCUAUCUAUCUAUCUAUCUAUCUAUCUAUCUAUCUAUCUAUCUAUCUAUCUAUCUAUCUGUCUAUCUAUCUUUUCCUCUAACCCUAUCUUGUAAAAAAUGUGUUAUAUAUUAUUCUGUAUUCAUUAAAAGUCUUGUACUGUUGGUUUGUAGUGUUGCAAGAUGUCAAUCACAAAAUAAAGUUUUG